CAAUAGGUACCUGAACCCAAUUCGGCACCGGGUAGGUUCCUGUCGCAGAUGAUCACCGGGGUUAGCUAGGCUGGGGGCUGUGCUUCCCUUAGAGCUCUGGGGGCGAUGCAUGAUCGACGACUAAGUGAUUACGGCUACUACUAUAAUUAUCGCUUACAACCGGGAUUAGGGUCGUCUAGGCUGAAGUACUAUUGUCUUGUCGCCGUUCAGCCCUGUCUAUUCUGUCCUGGCCAGGGUCUUCGUCGACAAUAGCUUCCCUGCUGGGCAUGGCCCAGGUCCUCAACGACCUCGAUCCAUGGGUAUUUAAUCCACCCCUGGACUACCGCUCUUGACGGAUGGCUCGUUCCUCGCCGUUAGUGUUUCAUUCGUCACGCCUUUCAAUCGUCACUUGGCGCGAACCCAUAUCCUGUCCCGACAUUUGAAGGAAUAAUCAGCAUGCAACAACGGAGAGCGGACAAACCGCGGUCACGCGAUGGAUGCAUCACUUGCAAGAUCCGUCAUGUGCGAUGUGACCAAGCUCGCCCGGCCUGCGGGCAAUGCACGAGAACCGGCCGCAAAUGCGACGGAUACGACUCCGAACUGUCUCAGAGGCAGCUCCGGGAUAAGAUCCUCGCGGGAAACGUCCAAAGGCGGCCCAGCCCCAACGGACGUAUCAUCCUCUACCCCGGGACAGUCCCGGAGCGCGAGCAUGUGGCCUUGUUCUGUAUCCACACGUCGCAAGCGUUGGCCGGCUUCUUCCCCUCUGAUUUCUGGACCCGCCUGCUUCCCCAGCUCAGUCAAACCGAGCCACUGGUGCGCCAUGCGGUCGCUGCGGUCGGUGCCGCCCAUCGGAUAUACCUAGGGGUAGGCCAUCGAGAGGAGGACUUCAUGCUCCAGCAGUACAACCUGGCUAUUCGUAACCUGCUGUCUCCGCCGUCCCCACCCGCGGGUGAGCCCAACGGCGCACGGCAGUCUCACCUGACGCUCCUCGGCUGUAGUUUGUUCGUCUGUCUCGAGAUGCUUCGGGCCAACUACGACCAGGCGCUCGAUCACGUCGACUCCGGGCUGAAGCUGAUCUCGCAGCAAAGCGACCGACUGGACGUACCGCAGCCGACCGCCGACGCCGAUACCAUCAAUCGCGAGUUGCGCGACCUGUUCGCGCGCCUCCACAUGGACCUGGCGAGCUUCAACCGCGGCAUGAGACCCCACGUGACGAGCAUUGGGGCCGGGCAUGCCAUGCCCUUCGCCUUCACCGACCUGGGUGAAGCGCGUCGCCAUCUGACCCUCUUGAUGAACCAGAGCAUCUGCGCCGCUCCCGCCUUGAACACGCGCCCCGGAGCGGGAGCCAAGCCGUCCACCUGGGACCCCGGAUUUCGCGCGAUGGUCGAGGAAUUACAGGCGAAACUCGCUGCACAGGUCCGGGAGUUCCAGGCGUGGUCGGGCGCGCUCGAUCGGUUUCUGCGGACAAAGCAGGGGAAGGCGGCUGAUCCACGGUCGGUGCUAGCUCUGCGCAUCGAUGCCCACUUCGCUCGAGAAAUGACAUCGGUGGGGUCCACCUUAAUCCAGUUCCGCGCUGACGAGCCGGAAGCCGACCGUUUUACCCCCAUUGUCUCGAUGGUCGAGGAGCUUCUCCUGUUGGAGGAUCGUCGCCGCGAGCCAGGCGAUCACCACCGACCGUUCUCCCUGGAGGCGGGCAUCAUCCGCGCCCUGCAAUGGGUCGCCACUCACUGCCACCAGCCUGUAGUCCGUCGACACGCCAUGCGACUGCUGUCGGAGUGUCCGCGGCAGGAAGGGCUCUGGAAUUCGCAGCGUGCGCUCCGGAUCGGAGAGACCGUCAUCGGCAUCGAAGAGGCGGGUCUGUCUGACCUCCCGACCGAGCAGCGCAUCCCGCGAGUCCCGCAUUAUCUUCGUCUCGCCGUGGACGACUGGAGCGCCCGAACGACAUCGAUUCUCCUUAUAUCGGAACCGGACGGGCCAGCGGGGGAGAAGCAAUAUCGGCAAGAAGUAGUGGACUGGUCAUGACGGGUGGACGAAAAGACGAAAAGAACAGAAUGGCCUCUCUCUCUCGCCACGAGAUAAGCCAGGAGAUACAUACCCAAAACGCAUAGGCUAUCAGAGCGAACCCAAUCGAACCCACAAUAUAUCCACAUGGUCUGAAUGACGCGCGCGAAUAGUUACUUGAUAAGAUAAGAGCCCACAAACAAAGAAAGCGACCAGAAAGGAAACGGAAUUUGUCAAUUAACCAAAACCCCCCG